AUGGCUAUGCGAUACGUAGCUGCAUUGCUUCCCGCACUCGCAUUCGCUUUGCCACAGCAGUCUUUGGACGACAUCCCUCCUUGCGCCUUUCCACCGCUCCUCACUGCCCUCUCGGGCACAUCUUGCGACCAGACCGACAUCGCAUGCAUUUGCGCCCAGAAGGAUAUCAUCCCCACGAUCACUACAAAUGUCGUAGCAGCUUGCCCAGGGACACUCACCGCGGACGAUGUCACUGGGUUCAUCGCGGACCUCUGCGGUUCGACCACUCCUAGCCCAGAGUCAUCCUCUUCUGUGGCAGAGAGCGUAACAAGUGCUGCUUCGUCUGCUACUACCGCCGCUGCCAUGACAAGUACAACUGGGGUCAUCACGACUGAUGGAAGCCCACUGAUCACGACGACUGCCAAUGCCUCAUCGACGGCGGCUUCAACAACUGUUCCCAGCAGCGCGACAUCGUCAGCAGGGAACGCAACGACAACGCCAAGCGACGGAUCAGCAGAUGGCCUGAAGUCGAGCCUAAUGGCUGCUGCGGUGGCUUUGGUUGGGCUGACGUGGGUAUUUGCUGAGCUGUAG